AUGAAAUAUCGCAUCGUCGUAGUUUCGGAUUGCUUGUUCAUCUUUUUGUGUUCCCAAUACGAGCAAUCAAAAUGCUAUAGACGGAGAAGGCGUAUUGAAACCGUAAAGCCGAAAGCUUUACAGAAAUUCUGCUGUUUGUUAACGGAUUUUCCCAUGGAACUAGUGUUGAACCGAAUUCACGUCUCUUCUCCCCGAUCAAGAGCUUCCUUAUCUUCCGUCAAUGUGAAAGCCCUGUCUUUCAUUCCCCUCCCAGCUGAAAAGAAGAACUCCAGCAACCAAAAAUUCCUUUCAGAAGUUGGGUUUGCAUCAUUUAGCUUUAAACUCUCCAUUUUUGUGGGGAGGGGAUUUCACCAAAACCGAGUCACUGCCAACAGUCUGAUACUCUUUGCAAUGACCAACAACUGCAUUACUAGAGUAAACCAUAUCCACCACAAGAGGGUCACAAGACUCGCAACAACAAUAUCAUCAUCUGCCACAAAUAGCUACACCAAUCUAUCGAGCUGCAGAUUUUUCACCUGUUCACCACCGUUGAUAUCUCGAACACCUUCUUUCAAACCCCUAGUCUUAUCCGCCUGUAUCACCCAAUCAGAUGCACCUCAACGCUCAGAGGAAUGGUUUGCCCUUAGGAAGGACAAGCUGACCACAAGCACCUUUAGUACCGCAUUAGGGUUUUGGAAGGGGAAACGACGACCAGAGCUCUGGCAUGAAAAGGUUUUUGCAGCAGAAGUAGAGUUUGUCCAAGCUUCAAAGAAUGCAAUGGAAUGGGGUGUGCUCAAUGAGUCACUAGCCAUCGAACGAUAUAGAAGCAUCACGGGUCGUGAAGUUAGCUCACUAGGGUUUGCAGUCCAUGCACAAGAGAAACUCGAUUGGCUUGGCGCUUCACCAGAUGGUCUACUUGGGUGCUUUCCUGAAGGUGGAAUAUUGGAAGUGAAGUGUCCUUAUAACAAGGGGAAGCCCGAGCAGGGUCUCCCCUGGUCAACCAUGCCUUUCUAUUACAUGCCUCAGGUUCAAGGUCAGUUGGAGAUUAUGGAUAGAGAAUGGGCAGAUUUGUAUUGCUGGAUGCCUAAUGGUAGCACGAUAUUCCGCGUCCCGAGGGACCGUGAUUACUGGGAGCUCAUGUGUGGGAUGUUGAAGGAGUUUUGGUGGGAGAAUGUGAUUCCUGCUAGGGAAGCUCUUGAAGCGGGGAAAGAAAGAGAAGCCGAUUCAUAUAUGCCAGCAUCUACACACAAACAGACGGGGCUCGCCAUUUCUAAAAGUAUCAAGUUAGCUGCUCAAUGCAAGCUUCAGUGUAGGGAAAUUGCAGGCCAUGUUGAAUUCUUUAGGUGAGAAAUCUGGUCUUCUCAUGUUGUCAUACACUCAUUUACUAAUCCUAUGUCUAUUUUAGCAUUGAACAAAGUCAUAUGUUUAUGCUUCCAACUUGUGAUUGUCGUGUUAACCAAUGAUUUACUUGAUUUGACAACGAUGGUGGUGAUUGACAGAACGGGAAGGGGAGAGACAAGAGUCUUUCUGGGUUUGUUUUGCUUCUUAUGCUGCAUGGAUUUAGUCCCGCAGUUUGCUUCUGCUGUUUUAUAUCCAAUUAUCCAUGAA